UGAUUAUUUGAUAAAAUAUACUGUUUUGUAAGGGGUGUAUGUUAAUUUUAAAGGUAUCACAUAGUUGAUAGGGGUGAUCUACUUACCUGCGUAAACCGUAUUACCAUUCCAUACCCGAUGUAGGUCAAUCACUUACAUAAUCGCCUAUUUUUAACUUUUGGAAAACAAUUUGUCGUCUCUUACUGUAGGAGGAAACAGGAAACAAACAUAAACAGUACUUCUUUAUAUUUAUAAAACAGCAAUGUGUGUGUAAAUUUCUAGACGGACUGCGAAAAUAUAAAGACAAAACACGAAGAUACGUUCAGCACAACGAGAGAAUGAGUGGGUAUGGCAAUCCUUAUAAAAAAAGAUAAGGAAGUGUCCGCAGACGACAAAGUCAUUCCAUCGGAUACAAAGGCUUGUAAAUACUGCUUCAAAGAAAUAUAUGCGCUACCCCUGCACACUCCUAUCGAUAAAAGACGAGAAUUAAAAGACAAUGCGCCGAGGAGAAAUAGAAAAACACCUCGCUUCCCGUUUCAUUGCUCUGAAACAAGCAGACUGCAAACAUUCACUGGUUGGCCACAUUCAACUCCAACACGUAAUUCACUUGCUCUUGCUGGCUUCAUUUAUACAGGUCGACAAGACCUAGUUCGGUGCUUCUGUUGCGAUGUCGGUCUCAAAGACUUCAGCGAAGGAGUCGACCCUAUGAAAUGGCACAUCAUACACUCUCACAACUGUGACUUUCUUAUUGAGGUGUACGGGGAGGUUAUAUUGGGAAACAUCAGGGAAGCGAUUAUGCAGCCACAAGUUGGAGCUGUGCGACCUAAUCAAAACAAAGACCUUACCACAGAAAGAGUCCCCUCCUUGCGGCCACAUUACGCCAGCUAUGAUGCACGACUUGUCACAUUCAACAAAUGGCCGAAACAUUUGUCUCAGAGGCCCCACACUCUGGCAGUGGCUGGUUUCUAUUACAUAGGCAAUGGUCUGACCGACGCCGUGCAGUGUUUCGCAUGUGGGAAGAGCCUGGAGCAGUGGGAGGCGGGAGACGACUCCUGGGAGGAACACUGCCGCUGGUCCCCGGACUGUCCCUUUGCCAGGAGAACAAAGGGGGACCAAUAUAUCGCGCUCGUUCAGACUUUAUUUGCUAAAGAGAACGAGGGACAGUCCUCUGAAGACAUUCAGAUCUCAAACAAAACGCAGAGUAGCUCCUUCGAUGAACAUUGGCACACGUGCAUCAUCGAGUUCGGCCUUCCAUCUGUUGAGUUUAAGGAGGCUGUACGGCAACUCAGAAAAAGUGGAAAUAUGUCUCCAUCAUUGGAAGAUCUCAUAAUCGGAAUAGAGAAAGUACAAAUGCAACUGGAAAGACUCAGCAAUUGCAACAAGAGACAUUCGCUGUGAAAAUACCAGGUCUGAAAUCUUUACUGCUUUAUUUACUAUUAAUCGACCUGUUUUUGAUCGACUUUUACAGGACAAUAAACCGAAGUCAUCCUCAACAUAUAGUCUUGAUGGUAAUGAGAAGGACUAUUUCAUGUGAAUAGGCCCUACUGUUUGGGGAAUGGUAAUCCCCGAAUUUUAUAGUUUUAUUUAUUGACCUCACCUUAAAUAUUAGUGUUAUUUAACUUUAUUCUCACAAUGCAAAAAACUGUGUAACUUCACAUAUUUUGACAACCGGGCACAUGAAUCACAAUGAAUUGUAGCUGAAAUACAUGCAAUACGUAUAAAAUGUUAAUUAUAUAUAAAAAUAACAAGUAAUUACAUGCUUAUUUUAUUCAACAGAUGAAACACAUUCAUCGAUAAUUUUAAUACCGUCUUGCAAUUUCCUUUUACCUGAAAUCCGAGAACAAAAUUUAAUCACAACGCCACGAGAGAAAAGACCAGCUCCAACUCCCAAGUGGCAAAUUAAUAGUUAGGGAAGAAGGCAGCUCCGAAUCCUCCAACCAUAGCCGUCCCUACCCAUUGGCAGGUCGACACGGGACAAGCUAUCCAACAGUCACUUCAUGAGCAAGUCCAAGGAAUGGCACUUUAGCCAUCGCCGGCUCAGAUCGUGGGACAGCUUGACCAGGUUCCGCCGAUGGCGCCGACAGAAUUAUGUGACCAAAGCCCUAAUUACUAAAGUUUUAUCGCUCAUUUCUAGAAUACUGAUAAUCAUAGGUGUUCUGGCUCAGGUAGGUAGCCACGUACCACAGAACAUUAAAGGCAGACUAGUUCAAGUUAAGUAGACUAGCUUCACCUCUUUAUCAUUCCUCAAGUCUGAUAGCAAAACCCGAUAGUGGCUGGAAAUUGAUACCACAACUUUCUUACUCUGAAGGAUCUACUAUUACGGAUCGAAUGUAUGGUUCUUUACACUUCUUUUGACAAUGACAAUAGGAUAAGUCAUUUUUGGGCAAUUCAGCCAUAACAGCUAAAAGAGAUUUGAAGUUUGAAUACAAGAUAUUGCCCACAAGGGGAUUUUCCACUCUUGGGUAUUACAAUACGCUAUCAGUAAAACAUAAUUUAUAUAGCAUUUACCAAUGGGUCUCGCACAGUGCGAAAAAGAAUCGAUUUUUUUUAAAAUUGACUUGUAGCCACUAUUGCAGGCAUUGACCUAACCAAUCCUUUUGAAUAACUUCAUUGUUGUUGGACAUAAGGGGUCAAAAAUUGUCAGACUUUGGUCACCAUCUUUCAGUGUACAUAUGGCGAGUUAGGAGUUUUGCAGAUCGCUAUAUUAGUCAGAAUUUUAGAGCAUAAGGUUAUCGAACUUUCUAUUUUUUAUUCUUAUAGCCGUAAAUCAAAAAGGUUACUUCACGGUCAGUUACAGGAGUUAGUCAACAAGUGGAUUUUUUUAGGCAGGCAAGUUCGGUCACGUCGUUCAUUCCUUAGAAGAUAUUAUGAUGUUAUAGCACAACUUCAACGGCCCAAGCAUAGGCUUCGCUUGUCAAUGGAAUUGAAGGAGGAUAUCAAAAGUCAAAAACAAAGUUUAGCGAUGUUAAAUGUUUGGUCCAAUAGCGAUCUGUGACAGUGCGGGUCCGCAGACUUUGAGGCAUGGGACAGGGAGUUUUCCCCUUUAGUCAAGGAAUGGGCAUCUUCAGGCGUGUUGAGGGACCUCUCAUUUCUGGAAAUGUUAGCACUAAUACAUAGUUUUGAGCGGCGACCAAUGUUGGUGUCACCUCUCUUAUUACGAAACGCCGGAUUCCGGCCCAUUGUAGGGAUAUUCAUGAUACCGAGGUUAGGAACGCCAGAUUCCGCUAACAGAUUAAACUCGAUUCGGAUUUCAUUAUUCCUUAAUCCAACAUUAUUGCAUGUCAUACAGAUGAGCCUUAUACACAAAUCGAUCAUCUAUCUGACAAUAUUUUACAAUGGAAUACUAGUACAGACAUAUCUUCUAUAACAAACUACAUUUGCUUAAUGUCAUAUUCUUGCUGACUUCGCUAAUACACUCAACAAUGUUUAACAUCUUUAGAAAUUUCAUUUUAAAUGAUAUCUAUUUUAAUAAUUGUUCAAUUUUCGGUGGUUUUCUUCAAAUGAAUGGGUUAUAUUUAGCUGAACUUAAAUUUGCUUAACUCAUAAACGGGCACUAACAUAUUUGAAAUAUUUCCAUUUCGGGUAGAAUUCACAGCUUAGUUUUACAUUACGUUUUGAACAUGUCUCGCAUGCGGCAAGUUUAUCAUAUGAACUAAUAAGGUUCUUCUCCCCUUUGUUCAAUAAAACUCCUGCUUGGUGUUAUGUUUAUAUACAUAUAUCCGAUUUAUAUCCAGUAUUUUUCAGAAAGUGUCGAUGGAAUGCUUCCGGUGUGACGUCGAUGCAUGUUUCUGCCCUUUGUGAAUCCAUAAUUAGCGUGGACUGCGCGUGCAAAUAUCAAGUCAAUGUGUAUCCUGUGGGUGACCAACCCAUCAAGGAAACUAUAAUAAAAACAUUGAAAGGCUGUGGGCGCAAGAAGCCUGAGUUUACUUUUUAACAAUUCUGCUCACAGGCAAUAAACAUCGAAUCAAAAAAAACUUUUGAGGAGCCUCAAACUGUAACCGAUAAGUUUUUGUCAUUACCUAAAAUAGGUAAUGUAAAUUGAUGACUUUUUGAUACAAUUAGUUAGUUUAAUUAGUUAACUUAUAAACCUAUAUGUGCUGAGAUAUAAGAACACUUCUAUCAUCUAGCAAGUGUUUUGCUAGUGUAAAGUUAUUAUAUCAAACCAGAUAUCGACUUAGAACGAUUUGACUCUUUGCUGUACUUAAAGUUUUAUUUCUCACCACAUUUUCAUAUUCUGCGUAAUUAUCCAUUCCCAUUGGCUCCUCACCAAGAUUUAUUUGAGAUUAUUCGGCUAUUUUUUAACGGUGCAUACUGAUGAACCUAUUAAGAUAAAGCGGUCUUUUAAAUUGCUUUAAACCGCAUAACACCAUUUUGUAACCCCGGCGCAUUAAUGUUUUUAACAUGUCAAGUCAAAAAGUAGAUCCAACGAUAACUUACUUCAAUUUGCGCGACUAAAGACUACCGCGGUAAGUUUUAAAACUUUCAUGUAUUUGUAAAAUCGUGAAUACGCUUUAUGCAUGAGUAAAGUUAUAUUAAUGACUUUCUUUUUAUUAACGUUUACAAAUUAUAGAUUUAAUUUCUGGAAAUAUCUUGAGCAAAGUUUGUUGAACUUAGAGGUUUAAGUGACCGCGCGUAUAUGGAAUAAAAUAUCACCUUUUUUUUAAAACAGAAAGUUUGUCUCGUUUAUAAAUCUCUUAAAUUGUCGUUUUUCACGCUUAACUGAGAUUAUAAGUAUCUUCCAUGGCCGAGAGUGUAAGAUAGGUUCAUUCCGACCCGAGCGUAGGUUGUUUUGCAGGAACGAGGUUUACCGAGAGGGUCGGGAUGAACCUAUCUUACACGAGCGGCUAUGGUAGAUGCUUUUUCUCCCACCUCAGUUAAACAAAAUUUAGUAAAAAUGUAUUUUUUGUUGGAAUUCUUUUGUGCUUAGUGAAAAUAAUUGCGUAUGGAUAUGCAAUAAUUCGUGAUUGUCAUGGAUAUGCGCGCAGUGAUUCAGAUUAUGUUAAUAGUCAAAACGGCCUUUAAAUAGUUCUAAGGAGAGUGAAUCAUUAUUUCUUAAAAGGUGCGUGAAAACUGUUGUAUGGUGACAUUUGAAGCGAGAAAUAAUGAAUUAGCGUUCUAAAGUUUGCCACGAGACAAAGUUUCUAUGAUGCUACAGACGACAGUCUUCUACAAGGGAGGUAAUUACAAUGUAGUGACCAUUAAAAAAGAGUUCCAUACGGGCAUUUUAUUUUCGCCCAUGGGCAAGAUAAGAAUUUCUAGCAUGGUUAAAUUAUUGGAUCUACUUAUCUGAGGUGGGAGAAAAUGGGCCGAUUGUUCAGAUCUUUGUUUAAGUUAACAUGGUGAUUAACGAGAUUAUUAUUAACUUUUAAACGUGAGGUAUUUGCUCAUAUGAUGUACUCAUAUGUUUGAAUAAAACAAGUACAACUGAAAUAUAUGUCUCUAAUGUUGUUAAAAGAUACUAUAGAUCACAAGUGUGACCAUUAAACUUCCAGAGCAGUUUUGAAAGUUUACAACGAUGGUUUUUUGGUCAUUAUUCUUUAUUUUAGACAUUGAAAUUAAUGCAUUACUAACUUGAAAUUUCAUUUGUAAAUAUGUUUGUAAAUAAACAGGGUUGUUGUUGAA